AUGCAGCAUCUUACAAUGUUAACUGAACUCGACCUCUCAUAUAACGCAAUUGAAAGCCUUGAUUCUUGGUAUACCAAACUGGGUAAUGUGAAGCAGUUGCACCUUGCCGGCAACAAAAUAUCUUCUUUGAACGGACUGCAUAAAUUAUAUUCACUGGAGUUCUUGGAUGUAAGAGAUAACAACGUGUCUUCUCCUGAAGAUAUCAAGUCGGUCGGAAGUCUUCCUUGUCUGGAUCAUCUUAUUUUGCGAGGCAAUCCUAUCCGGCAUGUGAUUGAGUACAGGACGAAAGUUUUGGAACAUUUCGGAGAAAGAGCUGUCGAAGUGAAAUUGGAUAGUAGGAAACCAGACCAGCGUGAAGUGGAUACCAUUUUAGUACGGUUAGCUCUGCGAAAGGCACGAGAAGAAAAGGAAAAGCAGAUUCAAAGGAAAACACUGGAAAUUAAUGAACAAGUGAAGUUAGUUUUCAGUCAUAGACCCAUUUUGCUUUUCUCCUUCUCUGUGCGCUAA